CCCUUUAUAAGCCAUAGAUCAAGGUCCCAGAUGGUUGUGCUGUUGCUCUGCCUCCCUCUGCUCCGCAGCCUAACCAGAACCAUGCUGCUGAGAAUCUUUGCUUCUGUCUUCAUAUCUUCACUCCUGGACUCAACAUGCUCAGGACACAUAGAUAGUGGCCUGUUGGUGUGCCAGUCGGUGUCCUGGUGUGGCGACCGAAUCUACAACCCCUUGGAGCAGUGCUGUGAUGAUGACACCAUCCUGCCCCUGAACCGUACCCGCCUGUGUGGCCCCAACUGCAUCUACUGGCCCUGCUUUGAACUCUGCUGUCCAGAGUCCUUUAGUCCCCAGAAGAAGUUUGUUGUGAGGCUGAAAGUCCUGGGUGUGAAGUCCCAGUGCCACUCAGCCCCCAUCUCCAGGGACUGUGGCAGCAGAGAGAUGUUUGCUCAAAGAAGAUAUAGAAGACAACCAUCUUUCACUAAGGCAACUUCCCAGAAGAGACUAAGAUAGCCUUCACCUUUGAGGGACUUAAACUAAUUGCCAGUUAAUUUUUCAAAUAUGUGUGUUUUUUUAAUCUGCUGUUCAUUGAUUUGAUGGGUCUCUGAAUGGCAGAGCCACCCUCUGAUUGUAUGAGCUAUGGUUUGCCUAAGCAUCCUCCAAAGGCCCAUAUGUUGAUGUGGUUCACAGGGUGGUGCUAUGGGGAAGGGGUGGAACUCUGAGAUGUGGGACAUAGUGGGAGACUCUCAGGUUACUGAUAGAGUCCAGUAGGGAACUCUAUCAUCUAGUACAAGGGGGACAAUUUUCAUUUACAACUGUGUGUUUUCAGCUUGUUUUGAACUUUUACCUGAGUGUUCAUUCCCAAUGUGUUUAAGUGAAAAGCCUGUUGAUGACUUUGCCCUUCUCUUCCUGUUUUAGCCAGCUUUUAUUUAUUUAUUUUUUACCUCUGUGACUAAAAGACUUAACAAGAACAAUUUUAAGGGAGGAAGUUUAUUUGGGUGGCUCACGGUUUCAGAGGUCUCAAUCCAUAGACUAUAGGCCCCAUUCCUUUGAGCUUGAGGUGAGGCAGAAUAUCAUGGCAGAAGAGUGUGGCAGAAGGAAGCAGCUCAUAUGAUGAUCAGAAAACACAGAGAGAGAGGUCUGUACUCACCAGAUACAAAAUAUAUACCCCAAAGUCAAGCCCCCAAUGCCCCGCCACCUCCAGCCAUACCCUACUCACUCAGUUACCACUUGGUUAAUUCCAUCAGGGGAUUAAUGCACCAAUUGGUUUAAGGUUUUCACAACCUAAUUAUCUGUCCUCUAAACCUUCUUUCAUCAUCUCACACAUGAGCUUUUGGGGACACCUCACAUCCAAACCAUAAUGUUCUGCCCUGGCUCCUAAAAUCUCAUGCCCAUUUCACAAUGCAAAACAAUUUAGUCCAUUUCCAAGGGUCCCCAUAACCUGAAUAUUUCCAAGAUUGCCCAGAAUAUCAAGUCCAAAGUCUGUGAGACUCAGGGCAAACUGGCACCAUGAGCUCCUAUAAAAAUCAAAAGUAAUUUACAAGUAUUCAAUAUUUAAAGGUACAGAGUAAACAUUUACAUUCACAAAAAUAGGGACAUGGAAAGAAGGGACAGGAUCAAAGCAAGGCCAAAAUCCAUCUGGGCAAACAAGUCCUGUAUCUGCAUGUGCAGCACCUGGGGCACAUGUCAUGGUGAUGUUCUCUCUAAAGGUUGUGUAGCUCCACCCCUGUGGACUUACUGGUUGCAGCCCUAGUGGCUAUUGUGUUUGCUUGUCUCUGCUCAAUUCUUGUAGUCUUCCUCAGUAAAUGUUCCAUGCUACUGACCUUUCUUAAUCUCAAGCGUCUCUACUGCAGUUUUGGCUUCCUCCUCUUGUCUCCAUGCAUCACCUUCUCAGGGGCAAAAUGCAGGGACUCCCACCCUUCUUUACUUUGCCAGGCCUCCCAGGCCUUCCUUUAAAAUAUUGAUGGAAGCCUCCAUGACCCCCUAACUCCAGCAUCAUGCAUUUCUGCAGAACCAGCACCACGUGGUUGACACCAAUGUCUUCUGCCAUCUAGAGCAGUAGCCAAACCUUCCCUGACCCUGGCUGCAGCGGUCUUUGAGUGCCUGGGUGACCAAGCACUCAAGAUCCCUUGGGCAAGAAGGUUGCCCCACUGGUCUCUUAUCAAGAGAAUUCUUACUUUUACUUCUUGGAUAUGGUCUUUCCAGCUCCUGAGAUGGCCUCAGGCCAUUUUUUCUGGGUGCCUUUGAACCUAGGACUGUGAGCCAAGGCCGGGCACCAGCAGGAUUUAGGCUUUCUCAAACUGGGGAAUUCUACCAGGAGCUCCCAGAAAAGUAGCUUCUCUGCCUUAUGUUGGCCCAAAAAAACUACAAUUUAUACAUGGUUUCCAACAGCUUCCAAGGCUUUCUGGUCUUUCAGCUCUUGAAUCUCACAAUAAACUUGGCUAGAAGUCACCAGCAAUAUCCAUGCCACCACCUGAAAGUUAUGCGCCUAUAUAUUUCUUUGCCAGAUUAAGAAGUUAAUCAUUUUUAAAAUCAGCCUCACAGAAAGUCUCAGGACAUGGGCAAAAUGCAGAUAGCUUCUCAUCCAGAACAUAACAUGAAUGGCCUUUAGUCCAAUUACCUAUAGUGUCCUCUUUUUCCUCAAAAUCUUCUUGAUUCUUCUCUUCACUGUCCACACUACUAUUAGCAUUCUGGUCUUCUAAGCUUCCACCAGAAUUGGCCAUUAAGCUCUACUUACAACCUAAAGCAUUUCCAGCUUGCACUGCUACACAUCUCAAAAUUUCUCCAACAUAUUCCAAAACGCUCCAAAAAGCAUUUGAAUGACAUGGUCAGGUCAGUCACAGCAAUGACCCUACAUUUAGUACCAAUUUCUGUUUUAAUCUUUUUUGCUGCAGUGACAUAACACUUCCCUUCCUUUUUGAUGCUAUUACAUUGAAAUUAUCCAAUGAUUUAUGUGCAGUGUUACAUGCCUGUAUCCCAGGGACUCAGGUGGCUGAGGCAGGAUAAUUGCAAGUUCAAGACCAGCCUUAGUAACUUAGAAAGAUCCUGUCUCAAAAUAUAAAUAAAAAUGAAAAGGAUUAGGGAUGUACUCAGUGGUAAAGUGCCCUUGGUGUCAACACAGUAACAAAAUGAAGGAGAAGGAGAAGGAGAGGCAGAGAGAGAGAGGGCAAGAGAGAGGAAGAGGGAGAAUGAGAGGGGGAAAGGAAAUUAUCCAAUGAGAAAGCAUCCUGUGUGCUGCAGUUACCCCACCUAUUUCUCAAGAAAUACAACUGCCCACAAAUACUUGUUUUGUUUUCACUCUGCUGUCAUGAUCUUGGCCCUCUUGGCAUGCUGGGCCUCCCUUUUUAGGAUCUGUGAGUGUAAUUAAUCCUUUCAUUUCAUAGAACUCUGAGUGUAAUUUCCAUUGUCAUUUUUAAAUGGGGGUCUCACUCUUAUUAACAUCUUAUUAACAUGACUAAGAGAUGCUCCAUCUCUUAGUCAUCACUCUGUUGUUUUCCUGUCACUCCAUUUUAAUUUACCACCCUCACUAAGUUUUACUUAGUUAUUCCAGGGAGGAAGAGGGGGUACUCUUAUUUCUUCAUGUGUGCAUACAUUUUCUUUUGUUGUUAAAUAUUUCUGGAAUUUUAUUGUUGAAAUAAUAUAUUUUUCAGAAUCUAACAAACAUAUUUUCCAGGAUGGAUGAUACUUGUUUAUGUAAACUUAGAGACAUUGUCCAAGAGACAUCCUUAAGUCUUCCACCGUUUGCCAUUGGAAAGAAUUUCUCAUGGCUGUAAAUUAGCUGUAAAAGUAACAGAACCUUGCCUCAGAUGUGACAAUUUUCAAGGAAGUUAGUUGUUAGGUUGGAUUUGGGCUGCUAGAUGGGAGGGAGCAAGGCAGCCACAGUAGAAUAUCAGGCAGCCCGCUUGUACCCAAGAACAACCAAUCAGACACUGCUAGAUAAACCCUAGUGGUGUCUUGCAAAAGCCCCUCAAUCAAUGGAGUUCCUAGCCACCCUGGGUGGGUCACUAAACCCUCAAGCCUUCCCCUACCUAUCCCAGACUACAAAACUUCACCCCACUGGGGCCAUGGCAUGGAUUCCCCAGCCCUCCACCUUGGCCUUCACCCUGGAGAGCUGGUGUAUUUUGCCUGAGAGCUGAUCCCAAUAAAGCUUGGUUCAGUUGCUUUUGAUCUGACUCCUUUUUGGCUACCUGCAUAUGACCUUACAUUAGUGAUCAGAGCAAGCACCUGAAAAGAUACUAAGUGGAAGUCUAUUUUUAAAAAAUUCUGUGCAUUGUAGUGAUACAUAGAA